GCAAAGUGUAGCCUACUGUAUGUGUGUCGUUUUGACCUCAAUAGGCGGAUAUAGAAUAGAAAUGUAGUCGACGUUUUCCAGCAAAAUUGUAUCAAACGUCCCAGUGUUUCACAAAGACUUUGCUUCGCCCAUCACUGCACAGAGCACGCUUCAUCUCACCACACCAACUGAGAAGGACACUUUUUGACAAUGCGCUAUACUGGCAAUGAUUUUGCUUAAUUCUUAGUCAGGUUUGGAGGAGAUUGGCACUUUUUGUCAUCCCCCCGGAGACACAAACACAGACAUUCUGGCCACACACAACAAAUCCCACACAGAAAACAUGUCCAAACCCAAGUACCGCAAAUGGAUCUUGGAAGCUAUUGAUUCACUACAGUCUAAUAAAACCAGACCAGACAUGCAGAGGAUAUGCAGGAGGCUAAAGAGGAAACAUGGGUCAGACCCAUUUUGCACCCGUGCGGAACUGGAGAAACUGGUCCAAAAAAAGAAGGUAGAUAAAGUUAUCUGCAAGGGCUCCAUUUCCUACCGGAACCCUGCAAAAAAAGUGCAGAGGAAACGUCAGAAAAAGAGUGAACUCACACCUGACUGCAGUAGCGAACAAGCCAAGUAUGAAGACAAGGAACCCAAGCCUACACAGGCUAUGCAGAACCUUUACCUACAAACACCGACCCAAUCCCCUGCCACAGCCACUGUGCUAGAAAAUUCUGCAGGAGGUUUCAACACACAACAUUCCAAAAAUAUGGACAGAAUCUUUCAAGAGAGGCUGAUUGAUGAAAUGCGCCGUCACAACGAACACAGUAAGAACUUGCCAAAAGUGACACCUUGGAAAGAGAUCGCCAGGAAGCUCGGAGAAGAUAAAAUAACUUGCUCUACAAAAUGGAAAUAUUUAAGACGUAAAUACGUCAAAGCAACUAAAAAAGGCACAGUCAUCCCACCCAGCAGCAUCUUAGCUAAGAUGCACUGGCUUUCCCCAUAUGUAGCAUCGGAUGUCCCUAAGGGUAUAAAGUGCCCCAGAGUGUCUUCUCCCUCCAAAUUGCUCACAGAUAAUUCUGAACAUACACAAGCCAACACAUCCACUAGUGGGGGCUUUUCAAGAACAGGAUCAGAGCUGAGGAUUGUGCUACUGGGCAAAACUGGAGUAGGAAAGAGUGCAACAGGAAACACCAUCCUGGGGAAUGAGGCCUUUAUUGAAGGUUUCAGUUGGGACUCUGUCACUUUAGUUACUAAGAGGGAGACUGCCAAUGUGUUUGGGAGGCAGAUCACAGUGAUUGACACCCCAGGACUACUUGAUACGUCUAAGACAGCAACUGAGUUUAAAAGUGAGAUAGAGAGGUGUGUUGACUUCUCUCUUCCUGGGCCUCAUGCCUUCCUACUGGUGAUCAGACUGGAUGUGAAAUCCACAGAGGAGGAGAUGAACGCAGUCAAGUGGAUCCACGAAAACUUUAGCCCCAAUGCGACUCAGUUCACCAUAGUGCUAUUCACUCAUGGAGAUAUUCUGAAGGGUAGAACAAUGGAAAGUGUUCUAAAUGAAAAGGUCCAGACCUUGAUAGACAGCUGUGAGGGUGGAUACCACACCUUUAACAAUGCACAGAGGGAAGACCAGACUCAGGUGAAGGAGCUGCUGAAGAAGAUAGACACCAUGGUGGAGCAGAACGACGGAGAAUACUACACAAACAAGAAGUACCAGGAGGCUCUGGUAAAGAUCAGAGAAAAAGAAAUAGCUGAUACGAUGAGAGCCCUUGAACAAGAACUGGAUGAAUUAAACAGGUCAAUAAUGAACCCACCCAACGUCAAGAAACACACCCAAGAGGAGCAAAAGCCGUUUGUACAACGUGUCCAGCCUAUUGUCAGUAAUACAUGGCAUGCAAGCAAAUCUGGCGACACAGAUUCAGCUAGUAGCAACGGAAAGGGUGCAAAGCGACCGAGAAUGUCUUUUCCCCCUAACACACAAACAAGUACAUCCGGACUCUCACAAGCCAACAAGUCCCCUACUAACAGACAUUACGUCACAGGAUAUAAGCCUCUGCAGAUGGCAGCUUGUCAGGCCCCAGCAGCAGCAGGAGUUAGCACUGUUGGGCCACUUAUAAAAGCUGUGAUCAGCCACCCUAAGUCAACAAACUGCUCUGGAUCUCUCAAAACUGAAGACACGUCACAUACUGUAAUGACGUCAGUAAGUCAACUGCUGCGAAAGACAUUGGACAACCUGCCUGAAAACGACUUCAAGAGGUUCAAGCAUUGUGGAGCGAAUAGAAGUGUGACUGUGCCACAGCAAGGAUUGGAUGCAAAUGUGGAUUCUGCAAUUGAGAACAUUUCAAAAGUCCUAAAGGACAAAAUGAAAAGCAAAGUGCAGUAUAUCAUGGAGGGCAAUGAAAAUAGACAUAAUAAGAAGCUCUUAAACCAGAUCUACACAAAAGUCUAUGUUACUGAGGGAGAGACCAAGAUUUUUAAUGAACAUGAAAUCAUCCAGAUAGAUUCGGCUACUAAGACACAAUCAAGACAUGGUAAAGAAAUUGAAUGCAACAAUCUUUUUCAGCAAGAUAGACGUGUCAGGACUGUGUUGACCAAAGGAAAUGCUGGCAUAGGGAAAACCGUUUGUGUGCACAAGUUCAUUCUUGACUGGGUGGAGGGAGAAGCCAAUCACAAUAUAAAGCUCAUCCUUGUUCUACCAUUUCGGGAGCUCAGUUUACUUACAGGAGAAUAUAGUUUUCAUGAACUUCUUGUGGAGUUCCAUCGAGAACUGAGCAAUCUUAACAAACCAGAUAUCUACGACAGCAAGAAAACACUCUUCAUCCUUGAUGGUCUGGAUGAAAGCAGAUUUCGUUUGGACUUUUCCAAAAAGAUGGUAGCAGACAUGCAAAUAUCCACCACCGUGGAUGUCCUAAUCACAAGCCUCAUUAAAGGAAAGCUGCUUGAGUCUGCUCUCCUUUGGAUCACCUCAAGGCCAGCAGCUGUCACCCAGGCUCUGUUAUCACACGUUGACCAGAUAACAGAAGUCCGAGGUUUCAAUGAUCCACAGAAGGAGGAAUAUUUCUGCAGGAGAAUCAGUGACCCUGCCCAGGCCAGUGCCAUCAUUGCACAUAUCAAGGCAUCACGCGUCCUCUACAUCAUGUGCCACAUCCCUCUAUUUUGUUGGAUCACAGCAACAGUUUUCCAGAAAAUACUUGCUCAGGGAGACCGCAGUGAAAUUCCCAAGACCCUUACCAGCAUGUAUUGCCACUUCCUGCUCAUCCAGACUGACAUGACACACAAGAAGAACCAUGUUGCCGAAGAAAUGAACAGGCAGAAACUUCUAGAGUGUAACAGACAAGUCAUUUUGAAAGUUGCCAAGCUAGCUUUUACACAACUGCACAAAGAAAGAGUCAUUUUCUGUGAGGAGGACCUUACGGAAUGUGGAAUUGGCGCAAAUGAUUCUCUUGUCUCUGGGAUGUGUACAGAGAUCUUGAAAGAGGAAUCUGACUGUUAUGUCAACAACUUCCACAAGAAGAUGUACUACUUUGUGCACCUUAGCAUCCAGGAGUUCCUUGCUGCCUUCUUUGUAUUUCACUGCUAUUUAAGCAAGAAUCUGAAUCCUAUCGAGAUCUUUCUGGCUCAAACUCAAAAGAACAAGCCUAUGCCUUAUGAUUUGACACUGGAAGAUUUGCUGAAAGGGACAGUGAACAAAGCACUAGACAGUAAAAAUGGACACUUCGAUCUGUUUGUCAGAUUUCUUCAUGGCAUGUCACUGGAGACUAAUCAAAGGAUUUUAGGCGGCCUCCUGCCCCAUUCAGGGUCUGAUCCAGAAACCAUGGGAAGAAUCAUCAGCAACCUCAAGAAAGUACAGAGGAGGAAUAUCUCAGCAGAAAGGUGCAUGAAUCUUUUCCACUGCCUCAGUGAAAUGAAUGACCGCUCGGUCCAUGAGGAAGUCCAGGGAUUUCUGAAUUCAGAGAAAGGUUUUGUUAAAACAUUGUCACUGGCACAUUGCUCUGCACUAGCCUACAUGCUUCAGCUCUCUGAUGAGGUGCAGGACGAGUUUGACCUGAAGAAGUACAACACUAGUGACGAAGGUUACAAAAGGCUUGUUCCAGCUGUAAAAAACUGCCGCAAGGCUGACCUUGCUGGUUGUAAACUCACAGAGAACUCAUGUGACAUCGUGGCCUCAGCAUUGCAGUCGGCAAACUCACCGCUGAGAGUGUUGGACCUAAGUGACAAUGAUCUUCAGGAUUCCGGGAUUAAGAUUAUCUGUUCUGGAUUGAAAAGUACUAACUGUAAACUGGAGAAACUGAAAUUAUCUUGCUGCGGGGUCACACAGAUUGGCUGUGAAGCGUUGGCCUCUGCUCUGCAUGCCAAUCCUUCUUACCUGACAGAGCUUGACCUGAGCCGCAAUUACCCAGGGGUGGAGGGAUGGGCCAUACUCUCUAAAAUGCAGCUGCAACUACGGUGUGCGAUGAGUUUUGACAGUGAAGCAGAAUACUGGUUGAAGUCAGGACUACGGAAAUAUGCCUGCAAAAUCACUUUAGACCCAAACACAGCCCACAAAAAGCUAAGUUGGAGGAACCAAAAGGUUAGUGUGGAAAAGGAGAACCAGAGAUAUCAAGACCACCCAGAGCGAUUCCAGCACUGUCAGCAGUUCCUUUGUACUGAGGGCCUGACCGGGAAAGCUUACUGGGAAGUGGACUGGAGUGGACGAGCUGCAGUUGGUGUUGCGUACAAGAGUAUUCACAGGGACGGACAAGAUACCAGUAAGAUCGGAUGCAACGACAAGUCCUGGUGUCUGGAGCGAUUCAUCACCUUAUUCAGUGCCAAACACAAUAACAACACUGAAACCAUCUCAACUCCUCGCUCCACCUCUGGGCGACUGGCAGUGUUCCUGGACUGGAAAAGUGGAACCCUGUCCUUCUACAAUAUCUCCUCGGGAGCACUGACCCACCUGCACACAUUCCAUACGACAUUUGUUGAACCGCUCUACCCAGCGUUUGAGGUUUCGAAGAGUGUUACUCUGUGUCAACUCAAAGAGCAUACUAAGUGACAAGAUAGUGAGUCCUAAAAUGCUUUGUUGUGCUACGAUCACUAUUGAAUUACACAGAUAUAUGAGAAAUCUAGGGCCCUUUUGAAAGCCAGGAGACAUUUAGCACAGACUUUAAAUUGUUUACACAUGCUUUUUGAGUUGGUCUUCCACCCUAGAAAGAUAUUAAUGCCCAAACAUGGCAUGUGUUUUUCAAGCUGUAAAAUUAAAGAAUUUCAAGGUCUGAAAAAGAUAAGAAGACAGAAGAUUUGCACAGAAAUAUUUCACAGGCCUUGGAUUUAGGACCCAUUGAUGAUAUAAACAAGGUUUGAACAAAAUUUGAGACGGUGCAGCAACAAUCUGAUUUGACACGGAAUUUGGUCGUCAUGGUGUAAUCUGGCUUCAGAAAGCCAAUACUGUAUUUCUGCAUAUGUUUGUAAAAAUUCUGUAGCCUACCGUGAAUCCUGUAGGGAAAAUGGCCAAAACAUUGUUCUUCUCGACAAAUGGCUUAAUUGCUGUUUUAUGUUCUUUUUCAAAAUCAAUCUAAUGUCUAGCUUCUGUCAGAGUUGGCCAUUGAUUGGCGAUCAGUACAAUCAGUUCUCUGUUGGGCAUAGAAGCUUCUCAAUGGAACAAGUCCAGACCUAAUUUCCCGACCUCAAAUUUUGUGAGCGGGAUUAAAUUCAGGGCUGGCUUCCAGGCUAAAGAUUGUGUAUAUUGUGUAUAAAUAUUGAGAAAUAUUGGCUUUUACCAGUUUAUCUUUAGCUUUUAUCUGCUUUAGGAAUUAUCAGAUAUAUGUAUGUACCUGUAUUCAUACCAAUGUUUUAAGCACUUAUGUUCUUUUUUAUUGACUGCCUCAACAGUUAAGUGAUUUGAAAUCUCUGUUCCGUUAAGCAGAGGAUUAUGACAGUGCAGUGGUCAUCACAUAGUCAGUUUCUACCAGUUUUCUAUCUUUUAGAAAGCUUUUGAAUAUUCUCUUUUUUUUGUGAUUAUGCUUUUUUUAUUUUCAAUCAAUGGUCACCAUUUAGUCAGUCUGCCGUAGAGACAUUUUUGCAUGUAUACAAAAUGAUUACAUAUAUCAAUUUCUA